ACAUAAUAUGCAACUGAUGAUUCCCAAUUUCUCAAAUACUACCUGAUCUCACCCAUUACCGACCAAAGCAGAAAUAUUCCCCAUUAUUAAUUCAUAUCACGGUUCUUCUCUUUAUCAUUUCUUUCUUCUUAUAUUCAUCAUCUUCAUCCUAAACAAUUAGAUCAUCUGCUAACCAAUACUGAUCGUAAUGGCGGAAAGUACAGAAAAAGGGGCCACUCUCUUUUCUCCUUACAAGAUGGGCAAGUUCAACCUCUCUCACAGGGUGGUGCUUGCUCCCAUGACUAGAUGCAGAGCUUUGAAUGGAAUUCCACGGCCGGCUUUGGCUACGUAUUAUGCCCAGAGAUCAACACCUGGCGGCUUUCUCAUCACUGAGGGAACUUUGGUUUCUCCAACUGCCCCCGGGUUUCCCCAUGUCCCUGGAAUUUACAAUGAAGAACAAGUGGAGGCAUGGAAAAUGGUGGUAGAUGCGGCUCAUGCUAAUGGCGCCAUUAUCUUCUGUCAACUGUGGCACGUUGGCCGUGCGUCUCACCAAGUUUAUCAACCUGGUGGCGUCGCUCCAAUUUCAUCAACCGACGUUCCCAUAUCAGGGAGGUGGAGAAUUCUAAUGCCAGAUGGGUCCUAUGCCAAAUACCCAAAACCUCGACCUCUGCAAACUUAUGAAAUAGUUGAGGUGGUGGAGGAUUAUCGCCGGGCAGCAGUGAACGCCAUUCGAGCAGGUUUUGAUGGAAUUGAGAUCCAUGGAGCACAUGGGUAUUUGAUUGACCAAUUUUUGAAGGACAGGAUCAAUAACAGAAGUGAUGAGUAUGGUGGAUCACUUGCAAAUCGAUGCAGAUUCUUAAUGGAGGUGGUUCAAGCUGUGAGUGCAGCCAUUGGCGCAGAACGAGUUGGUGUAAGAAUUUCACCCGCAAUUGAUCACCUUGAUGCCACGGACUCCGAUCCACUAAAUCUAGGAUUGGCAGUCAUUGAGAGACUGAACAAGCUCCAGGAAGAUGUUGGUGAAAAGCUGACUUAUCUCCAUAUAACACAGCCUCGAUACACCGCUUAUGGACAAACAGAAUCAGGGAAAGCGGGCACAGAAGACGAGGAAGCUGAGCUCUUGAGGACUUGGAGAAAGAGUUACGAGGGAAGUUUCAUUUCUAGUGGUGGGUUCACAAGGGAGCUUGGACUGCAAGCUGUAGCUCAAGGAGAUGCUGAUUUGGUGUCGUAUGGUCGUCUUUUUAUUGCAAAUCCAGACUUAGUUUAUAGAUUGAAGGUUAAUGCACCUUUGAAUAAGUAUAUCAGGAAGACAUUUUAUACACAAGAUCCUGUUGUUGGCUACACAGACUACACUUUCCUCAACAAAGGAACUGGAAGCCCGGAUCCACACUCACGCCUUUGAUUGCUUCUCUAUAUUUAUUCAGUAUUCGGUCCGGAUGUUUAUUAUUAUUAUUAAGUCUUUAUUUUUGCUAAUAGUCCGUCGAUGGACAAGGGAUUUGGAGAAUUGAUGUUUUGACGGACUGGUGGACAAUGUAUUACUGUAAUCUACAUUAUAUUGAUAUAUAUGUCGCCGAUAUUAAUAAACUGACCACCAAUUGGGAG